UGUCCCGAAGUUUUUUUUUUGUACCAAAAAAAAGUUUAGUUUUUGGGAUUUGUUUGGGGGUGCUAUGACCGAAUCCUGUGGGUUUCAGAUGCUUAAAGCUCUAAUUUUUAUUGAUGUUGUGCUUGGUUUGGUAUAGCUAUUUGGAGAUGGGGUAUUCUCGGGUUUUGAUACGGUUUUACUCAAUUUAUUUAUUUCUUUAUUCUUUUUUGUGCAUGGUAUUGUGAUGGAAUCUUAUUCGAUUCUGAAAGUUCUAUUUUGUUUAAUAUUGAGUUUUUUUGGGGUAUUGGUAUGAAUUUAAUAUAUCGUUUCUGCAUUCUGUUGUGCUUUGUGAAUAUGGAGUCUGAUCUGAAUGUCAGGUUUUUCCUCUCCCAUUAGGUAUUCACUAUAUGAUGUUUAGCUGAUUUGUUUAUGCUUACACAAAGGGGAAAAAUAAAAAGAUGUAGAGUCCUUUGAUUCAUUUCUGUUGUUUAUGUAUAUCUGCAUGUAGUUCUUUGCUUAUGCCUCUGGCAGUAAUUCUUUAUAUAUGGAGAGCUUUCCGGUCUAUUUUGAUUGUUCCUCUAUGUGAUUGUGGCCAAGGAUCAAGUUCGGGAUGGCUAUCUUAUUAAUUGGAGUUGUUUAGGAAAUUUGAUUUUGUUACGUCGUAUUUUAGCUGAAAGCUGAGCUAGUUACUGUUUAGGGACUGAAAAUGGAACGUAGUCAUUUUGCCACAACUGAAUACCAUUUAAUGUCUUGAUGCAACAAUAAAGGAGAACGGUGGAAAAUGAUUGAAUUUUUUUUUUUAAACAUAAAUAAUUGUGAAUGGUUUCUAUCACUUAUAUAUUUUCUUCAAUAACCUGAAUUAUAAGUUAAUAUCAAUGCCUUUGGUUCUCUAUUUUCUUUAAUCGCUUGAACUGUGGAGGUUCUCUAGAGAAGUAUGCUUUCGUAUUUGUAUUUUAUGGUAGUUGUGUCAAGAAUUUGGAUAUAUUUUUGGCAUUUCAAGUUCAGAUGGGUUUGUUCUCUUAGAAAAUGGAAAUGCUUAAUGUUUCCUUAACUGGUUGUGCCUUUUCUUCUAUUUUCAGUAAAGUUUAUUCCUUUUUGCAAAAAAAAUAGGGACAUCAGAGUGUUCGGUUCCUCUGUGGGAGAAGAAUUUCUGCACUGAGGUGUGCCGAAUCCCAUGGCAUAGGAUUUGUGAUGUCAAGAAUGUGAUGGGGUGGUAUGAUGACAUUGUCAAAUGGAAUGAUUCAGCAGGAGAAGAGGCUUUCAGGAAUGCAAAGGCCCGGUACUGGGCAGAGAUUAAUGGUCUCCACUGUAAUCUUCCUCUGCCUGAUCCUGAUAUGCAUAUUGACAUGGUUUCUGAUGAUGCAUAUAUUGAUCCUCAGCUAGUAGAGGAUCUAGAAGAUGUGUAUAAACAGCCAUCUGGUGCAAGUUCUCCUGGAGGUUCUUCUAGUGUUGCAGAUAAACCAAUUCUGGCAACUGGAUGGUUUCAAUCAAAGGAUCCAGGUCUGCAUGAAUGUCGCAUUCCAUCGGUGGUGGGGGAUUCUGAUGAUCUAUUCCCCAUGAAUGACACCAAACCUGAGCCUCAUACUGUAAAUGCUGAAUGUGGCGAUGCAUCAAAGUUAGUCAGCAGGGAUGAAGGUAGUGGUGAGAAUGGUAACUCUCUCAAUAUGCCCAUUCCUACUGUUGCAGAUGAACUAGUACCAAUGAUUGGAUGGAUUGACAUAAAGGAUAUUGUUCCAGAAGGGUGGGGAGAUGACACUGAAGCUGAGCCUGUAAAUGGUGAUAAUAAUACUAACUCUGGCAAUGCAGCAAAUUUCAUUGAAUGGAUUGACAUAAAGGAUAUUGUUCCGGAUGGGUGGGGGGAUGACACUGAAGCUGAGCCUGUAAAUGGUGAUAAUAAUGGCAAUGCAGCAAAUUCGAUCAGUUGGGAUAAAGUCUCUGACAAUUAUGUUGGCUCAAAGAAUAGUGGCUGGGGUAGUAGAGCUGUGCAGGAUAGUUGCAAUGUGUCGAAUCAGAGCAGUGUUUGGGAUGGUGGAGUUUUGCGGGAUGGUUCAUGGGUCAAUCAAGGGGGAUGUUCAUGGGGGCAUUGGGAGAACAAGACUAAUGGCAGAAAGCGGAACAGAAACCGCUUUGGAUCAAGAUAUGCUAAUCUAAGAUUCCAGGGGGAAGAUCGCCGCACAUAAAAUAACUUGAGAAACUGCAGGGGAAAGAAGUGGACACACUAUGGUUAUGAUAGUGUGAGAUAAACCACCUCAUGCUAUGGGACAAUGGAGCUCCAUGCAUUGUUUUGGUCCAAUAAAUCAUCAAAGAUCAGGCGAAUCAAUCCAUGCAUGGCAAUGAAGAAAUAUUGUCCGAAUAUGUUUGAUCAUGUUUGUUGAUUUGUCGAUCUUUCUCAUGAGAACCUGCAUUAAGGGACAAGAAAAUUGCUUUACCUUUGACAUGGAAUUGGGCAUACAGUGUCAACCUAUGCUGUUAUUGAAGCUUUGUAUUUUGCUUUCUUGCAUGAGAAGUCUAUAUGCUGUUAUCUACUGGUCUUUGUUUCUUGAUAUACAUGGAUCCCAGAAAACUAACAUAAAUUUAUGAAGGCCAUAGUAUGCUCUGUUAGUCUGUCUUGUAGCUUCUGCAGUUAGCGCACAGUCAGCCUGAAAGUGCUGGUACAAAGCUGAUGAACCUUUUGAUGGUCAAACGUUGAAAGAUUGACAAGAGGACAAAAAACGGCUAUAGAGAGACAAGACUAAUAGGCUUCCUUAAUCGCUUUUAUUGGCUAAAUCACAGAGAUUGGAGACCGGCCCAUUUAGGAGAGUCGAAGCGAGGUGAGUGGUCUAGACUUUAUUGUUGUUUUCAGAGGUGUGGAGAAAUCUGCUGUUGAGCAGCCUUAUAUUAGGUUAUAGAUGAAUAUUUCGGAUUCCUGACUACAUAUAUUUUAGUCUGCUUGCUAUCCUUCACCUACAUUUUUGAUAGUAAUUAUAUAGAAAUCGAGUUCUGUUGCUUGACAUGUAUGUGAGGAGGAAUGCAAGAUUAGUGUGAGCUUUGCUGAUGAUACGGUCUAGUAUCUUUCCAUGUAAUCUUAGCUCAGUGUUUACUUUUGUUGCUUUUACCUGUCUUGUCUUGUAUUCUGUGGAGUUAGUUUGGAUUUAUUUUUGUUGAUAGGAUGGUGGAUCUCAGGACAUGGUUCUCCAGUUUUAUAAUUCCUCUAUCACCUCAAUUAUAAGGCAAUACUAUUAUCGUUUAGGUUGUGCUUUUGAUGGCGCUUGUUGCUUUCUGGUGCUGCUUUGUACUCGGAAUUUUUGUAGCUUAUCCUUGUAUGAGUCCUAGUGGUAUAAAGUUGUAUUUCUUUCAUUUGAUGUUAAGAUCACCUCUAUUGUCUUGCAAAUUUCUGACUUGAUUAGAACUACGGUUUAUUAAUCCAAUCCUAUCAACUUUUGCAAAGAAGUUUAUUCCUGAUACACUCAAGUUUUUUCUCAUUACAUAGAUGAUUAGAUAGUUGCCUCCAUUUUGUUUAUGUGAAUUCAAGUCUACCAACUGACAUAUAAACUCUGGGCUACGGAUUGCUUGCAACCCAUGCUUGUGAUAACUGUUUGAAGUUUGUCUAUGAUCUCUUUACUUUUGCAGUAAAUGGGCAAGACAAGCAUUAUAUUCAUAGGUUAAAUUCAAUUCUCUUCAGUUAAAGUUAGCAGAGGAGCAGCGGUCUUCAAAUUAUGUGUUUUUAAGCAGGUGUUUAGAAUUCUUUUUUAAUGGCACAUGAAGCAUGGUUUGAACAGUUGUCUGCGCCAUCUUAUGUGGCAUGUACUGAUGAUGCGAAGAGAAACACAAAUGCAUAUUGGAUGAUCUAUGCCAUGGAUCUUGGAAACUCUUCACUUUUAUCUAUAUUUUGUUUUGUAAAUCCCGUAACUUAUAUGGAUUAUUGUUUCAGCCAGGACUGGAGCUAGUAUGUAGUUAAAUUACUGAUGUUCUGUCUGUGCUGGCUAUAUGUAUAUGAUGUCUCUGUCAUUGAAGUUAAGAAAGAUCUAAGUAUGAUUUCAUUUGGAA